AUGACGGGGGACCGACCACAGACAGAGCUACAGCUGGUCAUCAUUGACUCAGUGACAGCUGUGUUCCGUGCUGACCAGCUCAGCUGGACCAGCCGCCAGCGUGCCAUCUGUGAGCUGGGCUGCGGCCUGCGCCACCUGGCCGCUAGCACCAGCUGUCGGGUGCUGGUCAUCAACCAGGUUGCAGCCCGCAUGGAUGGGGGCGACGUGGGGGACCUGUACGGCCUGGGGGACGAGGUUAGGGUGACCCCCGCCCUGGGGCUGGCGUGGUCAAACCUCGUCAUGACGAGGCUUUUGCUCCACCGGGGGCACCCUGUUCCCCACCUGCCUGGGGAAGAGUGUUUACAACGGCCANGGAUGAGGGAGGAAGUGGAGGAGGGAGUGAGGGAAGUGGGGCGAGGGAGCAGAUAG